AUGCACAUAACGCACGCAUUAGGAUGGGCUACCAUGUCAGAGUCGCAAGCGCCCACAAUUGCGCCCAGCACGACAGAGGAUGAGAAAGCAGAUGACAUAGACGACGCUUCAGACUUUAAGGUAGCGGCAUCGGUCCCGACCGGAGACGCCUCAAAAUCCAAAGAGCUAGUUACAAGUGAGACAGAGAAGACGGACGAGAUCACACGACAGGCAACGGCCACAUCUAACACAGGCCAUGCGCUCAAGACGACGCCCACGCGCGAGGAUGGAACCGAGUACCCCUCCGGCAUGAAGUUUACCCUCAUCUUUCUCGCGUUAUGUCUGAGCGUGUUCCUGGUGGCGCUUGAUAAUUCCAUCAUUGCGACCGCUAUACCCAAGAUCACAGACCAGUUCCAGAGCCUUCCCGAUGUGGGUUGGUACGGAAGUGCAUAUCUCCUCACGACGGCCGCUCUCCAAUUGCUCUUUGGGAGGUUCUAUACUUUCUUCAGCAUAAAAUGGGUCUAUCUAAUCGCCAUCUUCCUCUUCGAAGUCGGCAGCCUGAUCUGUGGGGUUGCCAACAACAGUGUCACGCUCAUUAUCGGACGAGCCAUUGCCGGAGUCGGAGCCGCCGCCAUUUUCUCUGGCGCGCUUAUCAUCCUCGCAUACUCAGUUCCCCUGGAAAAGCGACCUCUCUAUAGUGGACUCGUUGGUGCCAUGUUCGGCAUCUCAUCCGUUGCCGGCCCGCUUCUCGGCGGAGCUUUUACCGACAGGGUUUCAUGGCGCUGGUGCUUCUUCAUCAACCUCCCCAUCGGCGGCAUCACCCUUGUUGUCAUCGCUGUCCUGUUUCCGGACCCCCACCGCGAGAUCAAGAAUGGUGAUACGUGGGCCGAGCGCAUCAAGCGGUUCGACCCCUGGGGAACUGUUGUGUUUAUGCCUGCCAUUAUCUGCCUUCUUCUCGCCCUGCAGUGGGGCGGCCCUACGUACGCAUGGAACAGCUGGCGCAUCAUAUUCCUCUUCGUCAUGUUCGGGGUGCUUAUUAGCCUCUUUCUCUUCGACCAGUACAAGCAGCAGGACCUGGCCACGGUUCCGCCGCGUAUCUUCUUCAAGCGCAGCGUUAUGUCGGCCUGUCUCUUCAGCUUCUGCGUUGGCGCGUCGUUCCUGGGCUCCGUCUAUUACUUACCCAUCUGGUUCCAGGCCGUGAAAGGGGCCAGCGCUAUCGAUUCGGGCAUUAUGAAUCUGCCCAUGCUGAUCGCGACUACCAUCUUCUCCAUUCUGGCCGGCGCUACUGUCACCAUGUUUGGGUACUACACCCCUUUCAUGAUAGUGUGCAGUGUCCUGAUUUCCAUCGGGUUCGGCCUCCUGACCACCCUGCAGCCGGACACGGGCAGUGCCAAGUGGAUUGGGUACCAGAUUAUUGCCGGCGCGGGCAUCGGGUUCGGCAUGCAGCAGCCCCUGAUUGCUGUCCAGACGGUUCUGAGCAUCGAAGACGUUCCCAUUGGCACUUCGGUCAUCAUCUUUGUGCAGACGCUGGGCGGCGCGCUCUUUGUGUCGAUUGCGCAAAACGUCUUCUCCAACCACCUGGUCCAGUACGUGGCCGAAUACGAGCCUUCACUCCCCGAUCCCUCCAUCGUCUUUGCCGUCGGCGCCACAAACAUACAGCAUGCCAUUCCGGCUGAGUAUCUACCCGGUGUCACGCAGGCGUACAAUGACGCCUUGACCAAGACCUUUGUUGUGUUUGCGGCAAUGGCAGCCAUUAGCAUUAUCGGCGCUUCGUUCAUGGAAUGGAAGAGUGUAAAAGGAAAGAAGGUAGAAAUGGUUGCAUGA